AUGAAAUUCUUUAAAACUACUGCUUUUCUUCCUUUAGCUAUUUCCUUUGUCUGUGCCGAUUAUUUACCCGAACUUGUUAAUAAUGCGCCUAGUAUUGCAAAUGUCAAGGAACGUAUUUCACCUCCUAAUAACAUGACAGUAUUUGAUGUUUGGUUUGCUAGAGGAAAUCGUAUCUAUCAAUGUAAUCCCGAGUUAACUGGAUUUCAACAUUGGUAUAAUGUUCAAACUCAAGCAUAUCUUUAUCCGACUCAAAGACAAGAAGCGCCUUUUGAUGUUCAAGGUAGAGAAAUUGGACAACUUAAUGCAGCUCCUUUAGAUCCUCUUCAACAAAUGGCUAAUCCUCUUGAUACAAUGCCAGUUAUUUACAGUUAUAGAGAAGGUUCAUGGGUUUCAACUGGACGACCCCUGGCUACAACUACACUUGAAGAAGGAAGAGUAGAAAGAGGUGAUAAUAUUCACUUGGAUGAUCAUUUAACUCCAGUAAUCAGAACAUCUACGAAUGGUUAUUUAUCUCAUACACGCUAUAUUGUUCGUAUUGGAUCCUUAGAUGGUGUCGUCCCAGCUGCAGGAGAUUGUGUUCGAAAGGGCUCACUUGUUAAUAAACCUUUUACUGCUUACUAUAUGUUCUAUACUGAUGAUGAAGGUUUAAAUGCUCUUGAACAAGAACAUAUUGAAUGGGAACGUCUUGUUGAAGAAUAUACCCCUGAAAAUUUAAAUUCUAAUGUCACUGAAGAAGAAGAUACUGAAACUUUAUCCAUGAAUUCUUUUGCCUUUUAG